UACUCAUAGGGAGCAAUAAUGAUUUGCGGUUGCGCUCUCACACUCUCACAGUCUCUAUCUCACACACUUACUCCCUCUCCCCUCCUCAACAACACCUUCCUGUUGCUCUGAUUCACCCUUCGAGAAAAGAAAAAGAGCGCCCAUUUCUCAUCAACCUCCCUCCCCAUUAUCUUUUGUCAAUCCACAACAACAACAGUGAUCAUCAUCCCCUUCUCAUCUAUUCCUGACAAAUCAAACAAAAAACAGAGCACCAUGGAGGCACACCAUGUGCUCAACCCGUGGCAGCAACAGCAGCGACACCAAAAGCCCCACGACCCAUACAACAUCGCUCCUUCCAACACCUUCCCUCCUCCUGACACCUUCCCUUUGACAGAUGCGGAGACUAAAUCCUUCGAUGACUUUUUUCAAGACCACAAGAAAGUUCUUUAUCAGUCCCAGCGUCUGCUGGAGCAAUUGAAGCUGCAACAGAAACUAAAGCAUCAAAACAACACUCAGGACCGGCAGGAAGAACACUCUGAAGGCGACGAAGACGGAGAAACAGACAGUCAAGGCACGGCCUGGAGUCAACUGGGCAUGGACUCGCCUCUGAACCAGUCUUCCUUGACACUCGCUGACUCCACCACUGUGCUAUUCCUGUCUGAUCCUGGCUCCGCACAAGAGGGAGAUGUGUUGGAGACCCUGGUUCACACGCUUCAGUCCGAAGUGAAAGAUACGCGGGCCACUGUCUUUGAACUCGAAAGCCGCCUGGAUCUGGCCGAACAUUCCAACCGAUACAUCGUGGAAGAGCUGAAGAUGCUUCUUGCAGAUGCCGAGGUGACCCUAUGCACAGCAGGGCAGCCCAGCGGCAACGACCCUUCGCCAUCCGCUCACAAGAAGGGUGCUCUCAGUGACGAGGACUCGAACAUUGUUUACAACCGCAUCUGUGUGGCUCUGCAGACACUGAUUGAUGAGGCACAGCUGGCCCUUCAGAAAAAUCCAUCCGCAAAGCAGGCGAUACCGAACCCUAUCGACGACAUUCACCCAACACCAUUGAAACUGACUGAAGAGAACAAGGCGCUGGACGAGGCAACUAUGCGCAGUCGUUUGCAGGACAAUUUUGAUCCAGAGCACAACCUAGCGCGCCGCAAAUCUCCCAGGAGUUCGAUCACGCUUCUGGACUCCGAGAAGAUCCAUGACAACGCAUCCUAUCACGAUCUCACAACCUGUUCGCCUACUUCAUAUUACUCAGCCACGGGCGAGGUCUCGCGGAUAUACUGGAAGCAGAAACACGAGGAGCAGCAUGAUCGAUACAGGAAGUCGAGCCACAGACUGACAUUGGAGCUGGAUAGACGAUUUCAUAACCUUACAACGGAUUCUGAUGACUCUGAAGCUAGUUCCGUCGUGUCUCGACGCUCGAGGUCUCAUGUUUCAUCAUCUGCGCAGUCAUCUACUCCGUCAACACCAACGACACCAACACAACCACUCCAGGGCAUCCUACGGUCAUCCAAGAAGGACGGAGCAAAGAAGGAGCGGCUCAAGAAGAAGUACCAGGUGCAGUUCCUGAAUGCGGAUAUCCCUGAAUCAAGGCAUCGAGAUAUAGCAGUGUCAACCGCAGUUUACACCGACAAACAACAACUACAACAAACACAGCAGCGACAGCCUCAAUAUACCAGUAGGAGUGUUGGGUCCACACGGUCUCGAGGAGUGAUACUACAGCUCUACGACCUCUGGCAGCACACCUGGCUGCGGACACGGAUCAUGCAUGUGAUCACAGGAUCGGUCGAGAUCGUUAUCAUCAUCUGGGUCGUCGUUAAGGCCAGUCGGUUCACCCUGACCUGGCUUGGCUUCCAACCUACGAGCGUGACCCAUUGGAUCACAUUCAUUUACGGACAUCGCGACAGUGCCGGUGCAGGAGCCAAGGAGCUGUAUGCAAAGAUCCGGAAGGAUGGGCUACAAAUGCGUCAGUUCAAAGCAUGGAGUCGCAAGGAACCCGAGGCUCUGAUCGAAGACUUUGUUGCCGGAGCCGCAGCCUCAAGCGGCUUGAUCUCACCCUCAAAGAUGGUCUAUGGUCCCGCGAAGAGGGCCGUGGCCCAUGCUGUAACGGGCAUGGCACUUGCGCUCCUGUCCGAUGGCGCUCGACGGCUUGUCAGGAAACUCUAGAUACUUCUGGCUGACUGACUGGCUGGCUGGUUUUUCCUUUCCUCUCCCGCUUUCUUGCUUGUAUAUAAUUCCUUCCUUCCCAACACUCUCCAUACACAUACACAUUCAUACACCCGACAGCAUACCCCCAUCCAUUAUUCCCAAAGAUCAUUGCGAUCCAAUUUGAGUACAGCAGAUAUAGUCAUGCAAUCGUUGAAGGUU